AUGGCAGAGAUUGUCAGCUCUGCACUUGUCCAUGAGACAGUGAACCAGCUCCUAUCCAAUCUCGUUCAGAAAUAUGAGGAGAAAGUGGAAUCAAGUGCCAACAGAAACUUGGAGAGGCUAGAGAUGGCACACAUCAGGCUCGAGGCUGCUCUUGAGAUGUCAGAGAAGUGGCAGAUCACUGAUGCAUCCUUGUUGCGUUGGUGCGGGAAGCUGAAGCGUGCUGCUCAGGAGUGUGAUGACACGCUGCAUAGAUGCAAGCAGAGGAUCCUAGAAGACGAACAGACAGAGGAGGAGGUGAGAAAGUCCUCGUUUCCUGUACGUAUAGCACAUACUACCAAGUCAUUUGUUUCCUCCAUCUUUAGUCCCAACAAAGACGAGUCAAACAGCUCCACUGUUCGAAGGUUUGAGUGGUUCACAGAUGGUGCUAGCGAGUUUCUCAGAUUACUAGAGCUUGGUGGCAGGCCACGCCACCACAUGCCCUUUGACCCUCUUGUUAGGCAUCUUCUGAAUGGCAAGAAACUACAGCACAGAAUCAUUCAGGCAAACAGGCGUCCUUUGUUUUUACAGUUGGCGCCCUAUAUUACUUCAGACUACGGAAUAGAGGCUAGAUUCAUCUUUAUUCAGACAGAUGGUAAUGCAUCGGAGGAUGACUUCUUCUUUUCUUUGAUGCUACAACUUUCAGAGAGUACCGACAUAGUAGGGAUGGCAAUUCAGUGCCUACAGCUAUAUGCCCCUCUUUUCAAUUUCAAGUCUGCAGUUGAAACAGUUAGGAAUAAACUUCUGCAACUACCUACAGAAGAUUUCUCAUGGGUGCCAGAUAUUGAUACACAUCACAAAGAACAUUGGGAUAUUCUUCACAGGUUUGGCACAGAUUGGUUUCGCCCAAACCCAUUAUGUUGCAAGCAGCAUGAUCAGCACAAGCUUAGAAAGUUAAACAGGUCAAGAUUACGAGAUGUUUUUCUGGAACCAGUAAUUGAAGUACAUCUGGAGUGCCAUGUCUCAGUCUUGGACUGCAACCAACAUAGGUCCUUACUGUCUGAAACCAAAUAUUCUCUAGAAGAUUCUCCAUAUCUGAAAGUUGGACUCCUAGUUACCCCCCAUGGAUGUUUAGAAGACAUCCUACUUGUCGAUAGAACUCCUGCAGUACCGGUGAUCUACUGUGAGGAGCAGCAUUUCUUGCAUACAGACUUCACAUUGGGACAACUGGAAGAGACCAUGCUGCCAAAGGCAAUAGAUUACUUCUGCAAGAAUGAUGAAGCGGCAGUCUACCAAAUGCUUGGGAAAUUAGAACAUGGCGCUGCAUAUAUUCAGGUUGAGAAGGCAAGCAUGGGCACACAAAGAACAAGCAUGAGGACUUCUCAGGGGCCUAGGAAAGGGAAGAUGUUGCAAUGGCAUGAUCCGGAGAUAGGGAGAAAAACAAGUACCAUCUUUCAAUUCCUCAACCUGUGGGUUGCACAUGCGCCUGUCCAGCUGCAGGGCACAAUUGUCAACUGGAUUCAGAAAGAAAAGGAAAAACAAUUAGCAGCUCUGCAGCUACAUCAGAAAUUCCAAAUCAUUCUCCUCAUGUACAAAUGCUUUUUUUCUGAACAGGGAAGGAAUGCUACAAAUACUUAUUGGAUCCUAAUGACCGAGAUGAUCAGUUCUGUGGUUAUCCAAGAGACAGUUAGCCAAAUUCUAUCCGGUCUGGUUCACAGGUAUGAGGGCAAAGAAGACUCAAAUCCAAAUGAUAACUUGGAGAGGCUUGAGAUGGCGCAUAUCAAGCUGGAGGCAGCUCUUGAGACAUCCAGUAAGUGGCAGAUCACUGAUUCGUCGUUGUUGCGUUGGCGCAAGAAGCUGAAGCGGGCUGCUCAAGAGUGCGAUGACACACUGUACGGAUACAAGAAGAUAAUCCUUGAAGAAGAACAGAUGGAACAGGAGGUGAGGAAUUCUUCCUUUCCUAGACGAAUAGCACAUGCUACCAAAUCUUUUAUUUUCUCUGCCUUUGGCCGCAACAACUAUGAGUCCAGCAGAUCUGUUGUUAGAAGAUUCGAGUGGUUUGCAAAUAGUGCUAGUGAGUUUCUGAGAUUCAUAGAGGUUGGUGGCACACCAUCCCGUCAGAUGUCAUUCAACUCUUUUGUCAAGCACCUUUUUGCAGGCAGGGAACUACAACACAAAAUUGUCCGUGGAAAUGAGUACCCUUUGUUUCUACUAUGGUUGGUGCCCUUUGCUACGAAAGAACAUGGAAUAGAAGUUUGCCUGGUAUUUAUCAAGAAAGACAGAAAUACACUUGAAGAUAACUUCUUUCUUGGUGCAAUGCUGCAGAUAUCAGAAAGUACAGACAUUGUUGGGACUGUAGUGAACUGCCUGCAGCUCUUCCCUCCUUGUUUCCAGCCUACAGUUGAAACCAUCAAGAAAGAGCUCACUCAGCUACCUACGCAGGACUUCUCAUGGGUGCCAUAUGUUGAUCUAUGGCACAGAAAACACUGGGACAAUCUUCAUAGUUUUAGCACUCAAUGGUUUCGUCCAGACCCAUUAUGUUGCAAGCAGCAUGAUCAGCAUAAGGUUGGCCAUAUUAGUAACCUAGGCAUGGAUGCUUCUCUGGAUUCAAUUAUUGAAGUAAAUUUGCAGUGUCAGAUCUCACUAUCCGAGUAUAAUCAACAACGGACCUCACUGUCUGAAUACAAAUAUUCUCUGCGCGAUUAUCAAAAGCUGAAAGCUGGAUUCCUCUUUACUCCCCAUGGUUCUUCACAAAACAUGCUACCUGCGGAUAGAAGUUCUACAAUGGUGCCGAUCUUCAGGAGGGGAAAACAUUGCGAGCAUACUGACAUUACCUUGGAACAACUGAAAGAAAUCAUGCUGCCAAAGUCUAUAGAUUACUUCCAACAAAACACUGAAGCGACGGUCUACCAAAUACUUUGGAAGGCUAUACAUGGCACUGCAUACGUUCAUUUUGGAAAGCCAAGCAUGGAGGCUCCAGGUGCACGGAGAACUUUUAAGGGAGCUAGGAAAAGAAAACUGGUGCAACAAAAGGAUCAGGAGCUGCAGUAUCGGACGCGUAUGAUCUCUCACUUGAUCGACUUAUGGGGUGCACAUGCGCCCGUUCGGCUACAAGGCUUGAUCUUGGACUGGAUUCAGAAAGAAAAGGAAAGUCAGUUAGCAGCACCAGUGCACCACUGCUGCACCUGA